AUGGUUCUAGAAGAAGCACCAUGGUCUCAGGGGGCGCUUUAUGUUGCCCCCCUCUUCCCCUUCCUUGCGCAAGGGAAACCUAACAGCUCCAACAGCGACGACGACAAAUUGGUAAAAUAUCGAUCGGCGAUUCGUCGAGAUCACCUUUUAGUUUCGGUCUCGAGAUUGCAUAAUAUAUAUUAAAAUGAGCGUUGUUGGAUUUGACGUCGGCAAUGAGAGCGGCAUUGUUGCGGUAGCAAGGCAGCGUGGCAUCGAUGUGGUUCUGAACGAUGAAUCAAAGCGUGAGACUCCUGCUGUUGUCUGCUUUGGCGAGAAGCAGCGCUUUAUUGGGACUGCUGGUGCUGCGUCUUCAACGAUGAACCCUAAGAACUCAAUAUCGCAGAUCAAGCGUCUUCUGGGUCUGAAAUUUUCAGAUCCUGAGGUACAGAAGGAUAUUCAGUCCUUUCCGUUUAAGGUGACUGAAGGGCCCGAUGGGUUUCCACUGGUCCAUGCAAACUACCUUGGUGAACUGAGGGCAUUUACUCCGACCCAGAUCCUUGCCAUGGUUCUAUCCAAUCUGAAGAGUAUUGCAGAGAAGAAUCUAAAUGCAGCAGUUGUUGAUUGUUGCAUUGGAAUUCCAGUUUACUUCAGUGAUCUUCAGAGGAGAGAGAUGUUAGAUGCUGCUACAAUUGCUGGUUUGCAUCCUCUCCGCUUGUUCCAUGAGACCACUGCCACUGCACUGGCUUAUGGUAUCUAUAAGACAGACUUACCAGAGAAUGAUCAGCUUAAUGUGGCUUUUGUUGAUGUUGGACAUGCAAGCAUGCAAGUUUGUAUUGCUGGUUACAAGAAGGGGCAGCUAAAAAUAUUGUCUCAUUCAUAUGAUCGGUCUCUUGGUGGGAGAGAUUUCGAUGAAGUUAUUUUUAAUUACUUUGCCACUAAGUUCAGAGAUGAGUACAAGAUAGAUGUGUAUCAAAAUGCUAGGGCUUGUAUCAGGCUCCGAGCAGCAUGUGAGAAGCUAAAGAAGGUUCUUAGUGCAAACCCUGUGGCUCCAUUGAACAUUGAGUGUCUAAUGGAUGAGAAGGAUGUGAAAGGCUUUAUUAAGAGAGAAGAGUUUGAGCAGAUCAGCAUUCCCAUCUUGGAGCGUGUCAAAGGGCCAUUAGAGAAAGCACUUGCCGAAGCUGGGCUGACUGUGGAGAAUAUUCACUCAGUUGAAGUUGUCGGAUCAGGGUCCCGUGUUCCAGCUAUUAUCAAAAUUUUGACAGAGUUCUUUGGCAAAGAGCCUAGGCGUACCAUGAAUGCAAGUGAGUGUGUGGCCCGUGGUUGUGCCCUUCAAUGUGCUAUACUAAGUCCCACUUUCAAAGUGCGAGAAUUUCAGAUUCAUGAGAGUUUCCCUUUCUCAAUUGCAUUUUCUUGGAAAGGAUCUGCUCUUGACUCUCAGAAUGGAGCUGAAAAUCAACAGACUACAGUGGUGUUUCCGAAAGGAAAUUUACUUCCCAGUGUCAAAUCUCUUACAUUCUAUAGGCAUGCUACAUUCGGUGUCGAUGCUGUAUAUGCAGAUGCAGGUGAUGUGCAUGGUGCAGCUAAGAUCAGCAGUUAUACGAUUGGACCAUUCCAAUCUAACACUGGUGAGCGGGCUAGGUUGAAAGUAAAAGUUCGCUUGAAUCUUCAUGGAAUCAUUUCUAUCGAUUCAGCUAUGAUGUUGGAGGAGGAAGUUGAAGUCCCAGUCUCAGCUGCAGAGCAACCACCAAAGGAAUCUGUAAAAAUGGACACAGAUGAAGCAGCAAAUGAUUCCUCUAAAACAGAAACUGAUGUCAACAUGGAGGAUGUGAAGACUUCUGGAGGCGUUGAUAACGGAGUGCCAGAGUCUGAGCAAAGGCCUCCACAAAUGGAAACUGAUAAUAAGGUUGAAGCUGUGAAAAAGAAGGUUAAGAAAACUAAUGUUCCUGUAAAGGAGUUGGUUUAUGGUGGGAUGUCAGCUGAAGAACUACAGAAGUCUGUUGAAAAGGAAUUUGAAAUGGCCCUUCAAGACAGAGUGAUGGAGGAAACAAAGGACAAGAAAAAUGCUGUGGAGGCAUAUGUGUAUGACAUGCGAAACAAGCUUUAUGAUAAGUACGAGGCAUUUGUCACAUCCCCAGAGAAAGAUGAGCUGAUUGCAAAACUUCAGGAAGUUGAGGAUUGGCUCUAUGAAGACGGAGAAGACGAAACUAAGGGUGUUUAUGUUGCUAAACUUGAGGAACUUCAAAAGCAAGGUAACCCAAUCGAGGAGCGAUACAAGGAGUGGACAGAAAGAGGUCCUGCAAUUGAUCAACUUGUUUACUGCAUUAAUAGCUUCAGAGGAGCAGCCUUGUCAAAUGAUCCCAAGUUUGACCACAUUGAUAUAGCUGAGAAACAGAAGGUUGUCAGUGAGUGCGGUGAAGCUGAAGCAUGGAUAAGGGAGAAACAGCAGCUGCAGGAUGCCUCGCCCAAGUAUGCCACUCCGGUCCUUUUUUCGGCUGAUAUUAAAAGAAAGACGGAGGCCUUGGACAGGUUUUGCAAACCAAUAAUGACUAAACCGCGACCUGCACCACCUAAGGUGCAAACACCCCCUUCGACUCCAACACCUGGGGAUCAAUCUCAAGCUUCUGAGCCACAGAGCCAUGGAGGGAAUGCUUCAGGGGAGCAUGUGUCUGACGAGGGCAGUCAACCUCCCCCAGCAGAAGCGACUGAGCCAAUGGACACUGACAGAUCCGAAAGUGCACCGUCAGCCUAGGAACAUCAAACUUGUCUCUCUGAGGGGUCCUAAAUGUGUGCCAGAGAUUUUUGAGUAUCUUCUUGAAUUCAGCAGUGUAAUCACAAGAAUUCUUACCUUCUGAUCUUCACUCUCAAGUAUGACUAUUUAUGAGAUUCUUUUUUAUCACACAUGGAACCUGAUAGGGAGAUCAGAAGAUUUCAGAGUCCUCUUUUAUGUGUCGUUGAUUUUCUUAUGAAAGUUGGUGAAAAUUAUGAUUUUCAUAGUUCACAAA